AUGGCAACGCUGGAGUCUCGCGCUGAGUGCGAGCGAAGUGGGCGAGGCGACCCUGAGGGCGAGGCGACACGAGGGCGAGGCGACCGAGGGCGAGGCGACCCGAGGGCGAGGCGACCCCGAGGGGAGGCGACCCUGAGGGCGAGGCGACCCGAAGGGCGAGGCGCUAACCCCGAGGGCGAGGCGGGCCGACCCGAGGGAGAGGCGACCCGAAGGGCGAGGCGACCCAGAGGGCAGGCGACCCGAGGCGAGGCGUCCCGAGGGAGGAGAGGAUGUGGCCUCUCCUCAGAUCCUUCCUCCCCUGGAUUCGCAGGCGACACCGAGGGAGAGGAGACCCGAGGGCGGGCGACCCGAGGCGAGGCGUCGAGGGCGAGGCGAACGAGGGCGAAGGCGACCGAGGGAGAGGCGAACCGAUGGGAUGGCGCCGAGGGAGAGGAGACCCGAGGGCGAAGGCGAACCCGAGUGAGAGGAGACCCGCGGGCGAGGCGACCCGAGGGCAACGGCCGAAUCCGAGGGCGACUGGCGACCCGAGGAGAGGCGACCCGAGGGCGAGGCGACCGAGGGAAGAGGAGACCCUGCGGCGAUGCCGACCCGAGGUCGAGGCGACCCGAGGCGAGGCGAACCGAGGGCGAGGCGACCCGGGGCGAAGGCGACCUGAGGGCGGAGGGCGACCCGAGGGCCGAGGCGACCCGAGGCGAGGCCGACCCGAGGGGAGGCGACCCGAGGGCGAGGCGACCCGAGGGCGAGGCGACCCCGAGGGCGGGCGACCCCGAUUGGGCGAACCGAGGCGACCCGAAGGGCGAGGCGACCCGAGGGCGAGGCGACCCCGAGGGCGACCCCGGGCGAGGCGACGAGGGCGAGGCGGACCCGAGGGAUAGGAACCCUAAGGGAGAGGAGACCCGAGGGCGAGGCGACCGAGGCGCGAGGCGACCCGAGGGCGAGUCGCCCGAGGGCGAGGUCGACGAGGGCGAUGGAGACCGAGGGCGAGGCGACCCGAGGUGA